AUGUCGACCCUAUCGAAAAACAUUUGGUUGCCGAAAGACCUUUGGCAGAGAAUCGUUGACCAACUCAGAGAUGACCGUUCACCAAAUCAUCUCAGCCACCUGAUCCGGACCUGCAAGUGGUUUCAUGAAAAUUUUGUCCACUUAUUGUACCAAAAUCUCCGAUUUUUCAAUAAAGGUGAUGCAAUAGCCUUCGGCAAUGCUCUACUUCGACAAGAGGUCAAGGAUCUUGUCGAGGAAAUCCGCCACGAGGAUACAACCGGUUUCUUGGAUUUCACGGGCCGUUCUAACCCUUUUUUUCAAAAACCUCCAACUUUGACAAACUUGAAAACCCUCAUCUUGAAACGGGGGCUUGGAUGGAAAGACUACACCUGGUAUGGUCGGGCGGAGGACCUUCUACAUGAUGCAUACAUGCUUCCUGAUCGGGAUUGGCCUCAUAUCUUCCGGGAAUUCAAAAGAUCGCUUUCUCCAGACGGCUACAUGGAGGAUUAUGACGAGGACCCUUUGGGAAUUGGAUGGGAAUACUCUAAUAUUGAAGUGCAGCUCGCGAAUUUAGGGAAGAGCACCUUUUUCUGCCACAGGCAUCUGAGUAAUUCGCUCUUGACCAAUCUACGCAUAUGUCAUAUUGGUGGUGCCCGUUCUAAGCUCUGCAUCGCUGAUGCUGAUUACAUAGAGGAGAGCUGGGAAGAUUCGCCCGAGCCUCAUUCCAUGAAGGCUUUGAAAGAAUUGACGCUUUUGAACUGUCGUCGCAUCACUGCCCACAGCCUCCAAAGGAUUCUAUCGUAUCCAGUUGCGCUGAAAAAGUUUUUGAUGAGAUCCCCCUUUUACGGUACUCAGGAUCCUGUAGCAUAUGAUGCUGAUGAGGGCUAUAUUGAAGUGUCUCACAUCAUAUCCGAUCACCAGCGUUCUAUGGAGUCAAUGGACCUGGACAUCUGGCUCGGGACGGGGUAUGGAAUGGACCUUGAUGGCUUGCAUUGUCUCAAAGAGUUGACUGUCAGACCCUACUCCAUGACGGAUCUUCAUUGGGACGAUAAUCCUCAAAGAUUUGGCGAUCUUCUAUCCGCAUCUCUCAUGCAACUAACAUUGCGAUUUGAGGAAGGAGCCACCAUCCGCCUCCUACCCCUGCACAAUUCAAUCCAAAAAGGCAGUCUUCCUGAACUUCGGACAGUGUCUUGCAUAAUACCUGACGACUUAGAAGAUUUUGAGUUGAUCGUUGCUGAGGUUGAGGGUUGGAAGGACCGAUUUAAAGCCCUCAAGGUGGAUCUGAUAGCGAUUAUCUUCCAAUCCCUGAUGCGGGCACCAGACUGGGACGCCUGCCCUUGCGAACACCCAAAUUUCAAUUACCGAAACCGAAUUGAUGAGAAACCAAGUUGGUGGCCUUUCUUGUUUGAAAAUCCACGCCUCGGACCCUCCAAUCAGUGGUGA